AUGUCGGCCACAGGCUUUUAUGAUGCCUCCAGCUUGGCAGAACGUCGUGGAUGUCAACCUCUGACAACAUCCACCCAGCUCGCAAGGUCCAUGACGUUGCCGGAGCAGCACGCGAGACCCGAAGCAACUUCUCCUUGGGAGCAGAACGGCGCUUUGCCGCCCACCAGUGCACCGCCGUACCCCUACGCUCACUCAUCCUUGUAUCACAGUGCUCAGCCGACUCAACAACAUCAGUUAGCUAUGCAGCAGCCUCAGUAUUCACACAUGUCCGUCCCACACUUCAACAUGACGCCUGCGACUGGUAUUCGAGCGGAACCUCCUCCCAUGCGCCGUAGUGUCUCCACCCACACCAGAGCCGAAGCUCGAAGCUGGACACAAGAGCAAGACAAUCGUCUUCGAGCAGCAAUCGCUCAAGUUUCUUAUGAGAGCAAGCACAACGGCAAGACUGGCAGCACAUCGCUCGACUCGCCUGACCUCGGGUCUCACCCGACGACCAAGCCUUGGGCACGCGUCAUGGCCCUCGCCUUCCCAAGUGGCGAGCACUCGAAGGAAGAAUGUCAAUCGCGCUGGAAGUCGCUUCACCGACCCCCCGCUGUCAAAGGAGCUUGGUCUAAAGCCGAAGACGAUCGUCUCCUCCGCCUAGUUCGUCAGCAUGGUGCUGAACGCUGGGUUGUCAUCGCUCAGCAUAUGGGCUCUCGCAGUGGCAAGCAGUGCCGCGAGCGCUGGCACAAUCACGUGGAUCCGUCCAUCACACGUCGACCCUUCACGCCAGAGGAGGAUGCCAUCAUUUUGUCCCUUUACAACACCAUCGGCAGCAAGUGGGCCGAAAUGAGCAAACGUCUCAAAGGCAGGCCAGACAACUCCAUCAAAAAUCACUUUAACACGACAUUGUCCCGAAGACGCAUGCUUGCUGCCGCCGUCAACAAGGCUUCCAACCUCACCGACGAGGCGCAAAACAGCCUUCAAGGCACGACGCAGGCCAGCGCUGGAGGUGUGGCUAUGACUAGCACGUCAUCGUCCAGCUCUUUCACCUCUAGCCACGUGCCAGCUACAGAGACCUACGAGGACUCGGGCUACUACUCGUCCAACAGUACCCCAGUGCACAAGCAAGAGUUGGUCCCAGACGCCUACUUUGGCGGUGGAAUGCAAGCCGGUUUCGAUGCUCGUCGUUCAUCAGCGCUCAUUCUUAGCCGUCAACAUGGCCCCGUCGCCAGCUUCGGAGGUUCUCACGCUCAGUACGCUUUCCCUGCCGACCUCGAUCCCUUCGCCUACACUGGAAGAGAUGGCAUCGUGUACAGGCACAACAAUGCGGGCCCACAGGGCUUGACUCAGAGCCAACCUCACCGCGCUUCGGUUCCAAACUCCUUUGUCUACUCUCAGAUGGCUCGUCCCGACGUCGAGCACGGUCUCACUAGCUUGCAGCACGGUGCAAACAUCAACUACAGCUCUCUGCAACAAGCUGGCAACAGUCGCAUUCCCGCACCGAUCGACUACGCCCAGCCUGCAGCGCCCGAACUGGCUCAAUACCAGCAGCUUCACGGUCAACAUGCAGCGUUGUGGUCGAACGCACCUCAAACCCAGCAGCAUUUCCGCUCCCAGUAUGCGCAAACGCCAGGUAGUGCGCAAACCAAAUCAGCGUCUCCGUCGAGCGCCAGCGACAACCUCGCCUACCAUUCGACUCCACGUCGCAACGUGUCCGGCGAGCAGUCCUUAGCAGAAUCGCUCUCUGCCUGGCAAAGUGUGAAUGGUGAACGCGCUCUUCCACCUUUGUCCAUGGUUGCUACUGGGACCGCCACUCCGUCGACUCCCAGUCGCGCACGCGUUACCUCUGUCAUGAGACGUCUGACAUCUUCUGCUUGCGGCACUGUCACGACCGACGCUUCGCAGGCUGGUACUGCCAAUGCCGCUCUCGCCAUGGUCGACGUCGACGAGGGACAGAAAGCUGCUUUGCCACCUCUUUUCCGCCAGGCUGCGCUCAACACCACUCCAACGCAGCGUGGCUCCAUCUCGGGCCAGUCUCCGGCCAGCAGGACUCCGAGCUACGGUUCUGAACAUGUUCGCUCGACCACGAGACGAAGCUCCGGCCCGCUGGCACAGGAGAAUGAGUGGCAUCACGAAAGGCAGCACACUGCACGACCACCAGCGGCCGACGAGGUACACGGCGCUGGAUCCAGCCUGGACGCGACAGAAACGCACGACAACAGCGCCGUCAACGGCCAAGAGUCCGAAAGCGACGCCGAUCCCAGCGGCAACACCUCGGACUGCCCCGACGGUACGCCCGCAUUCACCACCGGCACUGCCUAUUUCGCUCAGCGCGACGGUCUCAGCAUGCCAGGCAGCGCCAUGACUGCUGCCAGUAGUCUUCUUCCUUCGCCCAUGGACUGCAUGAGCGACAACGGCGGUGGUCCGGUCAAUGACUACUUUGCAACCAAGGACAACGCAGCAGUCAUGGACCGUCAUGUCCAGUACAGCUUGCAACAGGGUGCCACGGGUGUGCCACAUACUGGCUUCUCGCCCUACAACUUUGUCCAGCAUAGCUCGAUGGGCCUUUUCUUGGAUGAGAACGAGAGCCGAGAUGCCUGA